GCGCCGGGCGGAAGUGGGGCGUCAUACGUAGGUCGGUGCAGGUCACAGUUUCCGGAGCCGCGGUGUCUCCGUUUGGCGCCGCCGGUCAGCAGUGUAAUAUGUUAUCAAUGGACUUUCUAGACGAUGUGCGGAGGAUGAACAAGAGGCAGCUGUACUACCAAGUGUUAAAUUUUGGUAUGAUUGUGUCCUCUGCACUGAUGAUAUGGAAAGGUCUAAUGGUAAUCACUGGCAGCGAGAGUCCAAUAGUUGUUGUCCUGAGUGGCAGCAUGGAGCCAGCAUUCCAUCGUGGAGACCUGCUUUUUUUGACGAACCGUGUAGACGAUCCAAUCAGAGUGGGUGAAAUUGUUGUGUUCAGAAUAGAAGGCAGAGAGAUUCCCAUUGUGCAUCGUGUUCUAAAAAUCCAUGAAAGGGAUAAUGGAGAUAUCAAGUUUUUAACCAAGGGAGACAACAAUGCCGUGGAUGAUCGAGGGCUUUACAAACAGGGCCAAAACUGGCUGGAAAAGAAAGACGUGGUGGGAAGGGCGAGGGGAUUUGUACCCUACAUUGGAAUCGUCACAAUCCUGAUGAAUGAUUAUCCCAAAUUUAAGUAUGCGGUUUUGUUCCUACUUGGAUUGUUUGUCCUCCUUCAUCGAGAAUAACAAAUUGACAAUCAAACACAGAUUCCGUCUGUUUAAACAUCUGUAAGUUACCGGAGUUAGAAUUCCAAAAAGACAGACCUCAUCUAGCAAUGUAAAGUUUUACAUUUGAAACCAGUAUUUCCUUUUUUUCUACAUGCGUGUACGUGUUCGCUCUUUAAGGCAGGGAUAAAAAAAUGGAGUGUUUAAAGAUGGGCCCAAUCUCUGCAGCGGCGCUUCUACCUCCGUGGCCUCAAGAGGGUCAUUAGUGAUCAUCUUCUGCACUGUUUACUUUUAAUUUGUUUUUUGUUUUUCUUUGUACUUGGGUGUUUUUUUUUUUUUUUUUUAUAUAUAUCUAUAGAUUUCAAUUUAAAACCAAAGUCCUUUUAUUGUUUAAAUUAUGAAGCCUCUCAACAAUUUAUUCAGAAGUGCCUAAGAAUUGGUGUAUGUGCAGUAAUCUGGCAUUAGCAUUUAGAGAAUAUUGAGGUGUUCAUGUUGGGUAAAAAAUUGUGCUGUCUAUAUUGUGAAAUAAUACAGCUAAUUUAACAUUUUUCCUGAGUGUAAAGUUCCACUUUUAUUUAAAGGAAAACAAAGUUGUUUCUAGUAAAAAUGUAUUGUCUGCUAAAUGCGAUUCACAUUAGUCCCUCUUGUCUUUGGUACUCGCUGCUGUCCCCUUCCUUCAUUCAGGCUUAUAGUGAGGGAUGAGGUAAGGCCACAUCUGUACAAUUGAACUCUUAUCUGGAAUGACUGGUAUGUAACAUGUCUUUUUAUGUUACAAAUUUAAUAUAGUAGAGAAUAUAUAGUAAAAUAUAUAUAUAUAUAUAUAUAUAUAUAUAUAUAUAUAUAUAUAUAUAUUCUCUAUAUUUUCUCUCUCUCUCUCUCUCUCAUAUUACCGGCACUCCACUUAUUGAGAACAAAGUACCUGGGUGCCCUCCCAUGUCCACAAAAGGACCAGCACACAGCAGCAAAGUAUGCGGGCAGCACUCCUGACGAAAGGAGUUAAUAAAAACACCUGAAACAUUGACUGGCACUAAGCGUUUGUAGCUGCUGUUUCUUGAAAACCCUCGUAGUGCCACCCGUACUUUGUAUGUAUGUGAUAGAGAGAGAUAUAUAUACAUAUUUUUUGACGUCAGUAGUUUGUAGGUCCACCACGUGCAGUGGUUACUGCAGACACCCUUUUUGACAAACUAUCCGCAAUAUCCUGGACAACAGGCGCCAGUAUGUUUUUGCCAUGCGAGACUGAAGGUCUAGAACACAUCCGUCGCCCCAAUUUGUCCCAGAGGUUCUCAGUGGGUUUAAGGUCUGGAGCUGGCCAGUCAAUCUGGGUUUUCAAAUUUUCUGUAUACCUGUCUUGCGUCGCCCUGGAAACAUGACAUCGCUGUGCCUACUAGAUGCCCCUCCGUUAGCUCCUUCCAGCAAGCCAUUUCAUUAGCAAAUAAUGUAAUCAGUGCCACACUACCCAGUUUAUAGGCUACUACAGCAGACCUUUCCCCGUAGGAGUUAGGGCCCAUUUGUUCUUCUGAGUAGGUUUGCCAAGGAUUAAUACAGUAGUUAACAUUUCCUUUAGUAAGACAUUGUCCUACAUCCAUUUUACUUAUACCAUUAUAUAAGGCUUCUUCAGUUGCUAUUUAUGAUUACCACAGGUUGCUUGUAUUGAAGAAAUCCAGUCAGUAUUAUAGUAACUGAAACUUUACUCCGAGUUAGUUAUACUCCCAGGCCUUGUCUCAUCCAGGCACCAGCCUGCUGUUCACGCACUGCAACAUGGACAGUAGUUCCAGAAGGAAUUUCAGAGGUCAGGGAACAAGGCUCAGAAGUCACUGAUCUUACCUAUUUGUGUAAAGUGUUCCAGUUGAAAUCCCAUUCUGGCUGGUAUUAUUCAGUAUAGCUAUAUUCUUUUCAAAGACUGCCCACCACUUGUAUGAGUUUGCUGGUGUCAGACUGAACAAUAUUGUCAAAUUAUUAGGAUAUAUUGAUCCUGUAACUGAAUAGACAUUCCUGAUCUGUAGCAAAACAAAGUUCUCAUAAAAGGCAAACAUCUUGAAACUGGUAAUCUGUAUUUAUUGUACACUUAAAUGAUAGUUUUUUUUAUCUUACUGCUCAAUAUAAAUUGUGUUCUAUUUUGCUUUUGUUACAAGUUGCACUUGAGCAGUGUCCACUUCCUAACAUCUAAUUAUUUUUGAACAAAUUGUUGAGGACCAAAAUAUUGACAAGUGUCUUGUCUUUCCAUAAAGAAAAUGCUAGUGAUUUGUUAGUAAAGGCAAAUAGGAUCGCAUUGCAAUGCGGCCUCUCUGUAUCAAGUUCUGUGAUAAUGGGAGAUGGUUCAGAGCUGUCCUGUUGGCAGGGGAUAUAGCCAGAGGGCAAUUGCCUGCACAGUGGGAAGGGUUCACAUGCAUUUACAAGAUCAAAUCCAUGCAGUAUUUGUACAAAUCAGUAACUCUGUAUUCUCUGCAUAAUUACAUAUCUCCGUAUGAAGCUAAUUAGCAAGGAAGUACUGUAUAUAUGUAAAUAUUCAUUCUACUGUCCAAACUUGACAAGUACAGUUGAUUAUUUUCAUUAUAAUUUUCAGCUAUGAAACAGCUGAACUGUAUCAGGCAUAAUCCUCUUUUCUCCUGGUUUAGUUUCUGAGUUUGAUGGUGGGUUUACAAAAUGCAUACAUAAGAAAUGUAAAUCAUUCUAUCCAUAUGACUUUAUUAAAGUGCAAUCCUUUGUAAA